UAAAGCUUCUGGUCUUUAACGCGCUCUUGAUUUAAGCAGCGCAGCCUUAAAGAUCAGAAUCGCGAGCAAGUUAGCUGCAGGACAAGCCCAGGCCGUCUUUUCCCCUCGCCCCUUAGAGCCUGUACAGUGGGGAUAGAUUGCCUGUGUUGUCCGCGUGCUGGAAGGCUCCCAGCUGCCUAGCAGCUAGCGUGUUAGAAACACUUAUCAACAUCAGACUUUGUUCCUCCAGACCCCAAAGGCAGAUAUGUGCUCAAAGCUCGGGAUGGAUUUGAAGCGAACAAUGCUGCUGAGACUUGCCCGGAAGGAUCCUAAGCUGCAUCCUGACGACCCUGCCAGAAGAGAAGCAAUUUAUCAUAAGUAUCGGGAAUUUGUGAUUCCAGAAGAGGAAGCUGAAUGGGUUGGCCUGAGUCUAGAAGAAGCAAUAGAAAAACAGAGGCUUCUAGAAAAAAAGGACCCAGUCCCGCUCUUUAAAGUAUAUGCUGAAGAGCUUGUCAACCAACUGAAAGAAGAAGCACUUCAGAAGCAGUAGAAGAAAAGCAAUCUUUGAAGCAACUCUCUGCUGCAGAUCAAGCUGUGGGGUUCAGUGAAUCUUCUGUCAGAGCCACACUUGUGUGGAAAGGGCCACGUUGAUGCAUGUGCUCCCAGGAGCAUGCUGCAGUUAUCACAGUCCAACAGUAGCAGCUUAAAUUCAAUGAGGAACCGUUCCUGCUGGUUGAGAAAAGAAUUUCUGCCCUGUGGGCUCUGAAGGUGUUCUUAUAAGACUGACUUAACACAGUUCUUCCUGGCUGUGCAAAUAGUUGACUGCUAUUUAGAGCCUGAUCCCUGAUAUAAAAUGAAAAAUGCAUAUCUGGAACUCUAGUAAACUUUUAUCUGCUAUUCACAGCUCAUUAAUGUUGCAGCACGGGCUGUGAGAUUUAGUGGUGGUAUAACUUAGUUCAGGUCCCCAACCCCCUUCUGCAGAAGAGAGGUGGUUGUGCCUUGAAAGCACAGCCCCAAACUGCGUGCCACAAGCAGGUGCCUGCCAGCAGGUGGGGCUGAGCUCCCCAGUCACAGCUGCAGCCUGCUGUACUGCUCCCUCUAACCCCUCGGGUUCCAGUUCUGUUUGUUUCAAGUUCAUAAUUUUUAAACUUUGUAUUGCUAAAAGUUUAACUGAAAUGGGCGUUCAAGCCUUUGCUCCUGUCUGACAACAAGGGACCGAAGAGCUCAAAGAGCACUUACUGUAAUUACAUGCUGGUGAACAGCACUGUGCAUC